AUGGGUACAAGUAAUAGUGUUAAACGAAGUCCAACAGAUAUUCAUACAUUUCUUGAAAAAGAAAAAGAAAAAUUUAUUGAAAAAAUUGAAAAUCCUAUUCGACAAAAUGGUAGUAUAGAUGAUUUUGAACUUAUGCGUACAAUUGGUACUGGAUCAUUUGGUCGAGUAAUUUUGGUAAAACAUCGAACUGAUUCUGUCAAUGAAAAAUUAGCUUUAAAAAUUCUUGAUAAACAAGUUAUUGUUAAAAUGAAACAAAUUGAUCAUACAUUAGCAGAGAAAAAAAUUCUUCAAGCAUUAUCAUCACCAUUUAUUGUUAAAUUAUUAUAUACAUUUAAAGAUAAUUCUUAUUUAUAUUUGGCUCUUGAAUAUGCACCUGGAGGAGAACUUUUUACACAUUUACGUGCUAUUGGACGUUAUACAGAAGAUAUGGCAAGAUUUUAUUCUUCACAAAUUAUACUUGCUUUUGAAUAUCUUCAUCAUUUAGGCGUUAUUUAUAGAGAUCUCAAACCAGAAAAUUUACUUUUUGCAUCUGAUGGUUAUUUGAAAAUGACAGAUUUUGGUUUUGCAAAACGUGUGAAAGAUCGUACAUGGACAUUAUGCGGAACACCCGAAUAUCUUGCACCAGAAAUAAUUCUUAGUCGUGGUUAUAAUAAAGGUGUUGAUUAUUGGGCAUUAGGUGUACUAAUGUAUGAAAUGACAGCUGGUUAUCCGCCAUUUUUUGCUGAUCAACCAAUACAAAUUUAUGAAAAAAUUGUUUCUGGUCGUGUUCGUUUUCCAAAUCAUUUUUCAGUUGAACUUAAAGAUUUACUUAAAAAUUUACUUCAAGUUGAUUUAACACGUCGUUUUGGUAAUUUAAAAUCUGGUGUUAAAGAUAUUAAAGAACAUCGAUGGUAUAAAGAUAUAGAUUUCAUAGCUAUUUAUGAAAAAACUGUUCAAGCACCAUUUAUACCAAGAACUGAUAAAGAAAAUUAUGAAACAUAUGAUGAACAACCAUUAACAGUAAGCACAACUGAACGAUUUCCAAGAGAAUUUCUUGAUUUCUAG